UUUUCAUCUGAAUCUCUCCCUCCCUCCCUCCUCUCUUCUUGCCUUCUGCCUCUCCUUGUCACCCAAUUUUUUUAGUUUAAUGGAUCUUCCAUUUGAUCGGCUAAAUCGAGAAAGAUGGUUAGAUGCAGGUUGGACGGGCUGGUGUGACAUGUAGGUGAACUUGUUCGACAUGAUGUUACAAUUCCAUGUCCUAUAAGAAUGGCAGAAAGGAAGCAGAAAGAAGAAGAAGAUAGAAGUUAAGCUAUGGCCAUGGAAGCAACACCCACUUACAAAGAUCCCCACCAGCCCAUAGAGGCAAGAGUGCAGGACCUCCUCUCCAGGAUGACAUUGGCAGAGAAGAUAGGCCAGAUGACGCAGAUCGAGAGAGCGGUCGCCACACCUUCAGCUAUCAGAGACUUGGCCAUUGGUAGCAUUCUCAGUGGUGGUGGCAGUGCGCCGACGAGUGGCGCUUCGGCAAAGGACUGGGUGGAUAUGGUUGACAGCUUCCAGAAAUCGGCUCUCGAGUCGCGCCUCUCGAUACCAAUGGUGUAUGGUGUUGAUGCUGUCCAUGGACACAACAACGUGGUUGGUGCCACAAUUUUCCCUCACAACAUCGGCCUCGGUGCUACCAGAGAUGCUGAUUUGGUUCAGAAGAUAGCAGAAGCAACAGCCAAAGAAGUUCGAGCCACUGGAAUACCCUACAAUUUUGCUCCUUGUGUAGCCGUUUGUAGAGAUCCAAGAUGGGGGAGAUGUUUUGAGAGUUUUAGUGAAGACUGUGAACUUGUUCGAAGCAUGACAACUGCAGUUCGUGGUUUACAAGGUACACCACCAGAAGGUCACCCUAAGGGAUAUCCAUAUCUAGGUGGCAGAUUAAAUGUCAUUGCCUGUGCUAAGCAUUAUGUUGGAGAUGGGGGAACCGAUGGAGGCGUCAAUGAAGGGAACACUCUAUCAAGCUUUGAACAUCUAGAAAGUGUUCACUUAAGACCAUUUCUGGAUUGUUUGUCGCUUCAUGUGUCAACAGUUAUGGCAUCGUUUUCCAGCUGGAAUGGGACCAAAUUACAUUGCAACUAUUAUCUUAUUACAGAGCUUUUGAAAGAAGAACUGGGCUUUAAGGGAUUUGUGAUUUCUGAUUGGGAAGGAAUAGACAAAAUCCUAGAUCCACCAAAAUCUGACUACCGCUAUUGUAUCUCGGCUUCAAUAAAUGCAGGAAUGGACAUGGUGAUGGUACCUUUCCUCUAUGAGGAAUUCAUAAAAGAAUUGACAUCCUUGGUGGAAUCAGGAGAGAUACCAAUGGCGAGAAUCAAUGAUGCUGUCGAAAGGAUUCUCAGAGUCAAAUUCAUUUCUGGGCUCUUUGAACACCCCUUUGCCGACAGAUCUCUGCUUCAGACAGUGGGUUGUGAGGCGCACAGGAAAUUGGCUAGAGAAGCUGUCCGCAAGUCCUUGGUGCUACUGAAAAAUGGCAAAGACCCAGAAAAACCAUUUCUUCCUCUGGACAAGAAAGCCAAGAGAGUUCUCGUUGUUGGUCAGCAUGCUAAUGAUAUAGGUUAUCUGUGUGGUGGUUGGACCAUAAGCUGGGCUGGGAGCAGUGGCAGAAUCACGGAAGGGACAACCAUCCUAGAGGCAAUAAAAAAGACAGUCAGCGAACAUACUGAAGUCAUCUACGAAGUAGACCCAUCACCAGAAAUCUUCAAUGAUUCUGAAUUUUCAUUUGCAAUUGUUGUGGUUGGAGAGGAACCUUACGUAGAAACUUGGGGGGACAACUCUGUGCUUGAUAUUCCUUUAAAUGGUGCAGAACUCAUAAGAUUGGUUGGUAGCAAGGUGCCCACUCUUGUGAUUAUGAUAUCUGGAAGGCCUCUUGUUGUGGAACAAGUGCUGGACAAUAUGGAAGCAUUCGUGGCUGCUUGGCUGCCUGGAACUGAGUGCGAUGGGAUUACUGAUGUAAUAUUUGGGGACUAUGAAUUCCAUGGAACUCUGCCGAGAACCUGGUUUAAAAGAGUAGAUCAGUUGCCGAUGAGUGUUGGUGAUUCAAACUAUGACCCCCUCUUCCCAUUUGGGUUUGGCCUGAAGAUGAAUCUGAAAAAGCAAGAUACAACAAAGCAAUAGGCUGGUCUCUAGAACCGUAAUAAGAUGAUUUGGCUUUUGGUCAUGAACCCGCCCCAUUUGAAGCAAACCACGCUUGUAUAGCCUUAGUCUUUUUAUUCUAAGGCUCAUUUAUUUGAUAUUUGCCACAUGUAUGGUCAUAAAUAAUGUUGAUGCCUUAUUGCGUUCGGUUUUGGUAGUUGCCAAAUAUUUAGAUGUAGCCCGUGUCUAUUGUUUCUGUUUAAAUGUGAUUGACAGUUUCUUGCA